UAUAAGGGUGUCGUGUUGCUUGUGAUCAGAUCAGAUUACACUGUAGACUGUGUCAUGUAUAAUUACCUGAUGGCUAAUACUGUACUACACUGUUGUUUAUUACUGUUUGCAUUAUAUGGUGGAAAUGCCGAUAAUUAUAUUUUGGAAAUUUCCGUCAAUUGUGGUACAGCAAAGGGAAACAACCCAGUUGUUAAUAUAUUAACUGAUGUGGCUAUAUCCGCUCGAGCACGAUGUUAUGGUGGUGAUCAGAGUUUUACAACAACAGAUAAAGUUCAUUACACCCUUCCUGGUACAUUAACAUCGGCUAAAAAAACCUGUAGAUGGCAUCAACGAACUGGAUCUUAUACAUAUACUGUAGACGUAUUGGUAAGAUAUGGUGAAGUUGGUAGUUUGAUUUUAACCAAAGAUAAAAUAAGGACAGUGGUCUGUACAUAUGAUCAAUAUGGUAAAGAUGCUUCGCCUCAACAUACUAUUCUUGACAACUUCAUCGCACCUCGUGAACUUGGUACUAUUAUAGGAUCUAUUGUACCUAGCAGCCAAUUAAAACUGAGUAUUCAAGAUGUCCAUAAUAAAGAUGUUAAAGGAGAUAUGAAUAUCGAUAGAAAAUAUACCAUAUAUGGAAAAUACACGGGUCCCAGUAAAGGUGUAGGAUUAAAACCAGUUCAAUGUGAUGCUGUCUCGAGUUCAGGAAAACGUUAUGCUAUAUUGCGAGCCGGAUGUGGCGAUGGAUUGAUUUUCAGAAAAGGAGAUGGCUUUAUAACGUCCGGUACAACUUUCCGUAGUCCGUAUUUUGAAGGCUAUCAUUUAGAUGAUAGUAAGAGUCUAUCGGUUGAAUGUAAUGUAACACUAUGUACCAACUGUGCUGGGUCGUCAUGUGACACCGUAUGUAAUGGACCCCCAGGAUUCGUUGUAACUAAUGGUAAAAGAGGUUCGUGUGUAGGAGGUUAUAAGUAUAGGUCUAUUUGUACCUAUAUCUGUAACCCGGGCUACAAUAAACUAUUUACUGGAGUGUCAGCAUGUGGACCAGAUGGGUUGUGGACCGUGCCAAAAAUAACUUGUACCGCUAAGAACUGUGGAACACCACCUACUAUUGUAAAUGGAGCUAGAACCGCUGUGCGAACGUAUUUCCCCAAUGUCGCAACAUACACGUGUAAUGCUGGAUAUGCUAUGAGAGGAUCUGGAAGGGUUGGGUGUUUAGCAACAGGAAAAUGGGCGGCCAGACCAACCUGUUAUGCUAAGAACUGUGGAACGCCACCAAAUCUAUUAAACGGUGCUAGAACUGCUGUGCGAACAUAUUUCCCCAAUGUCGCAACAUACAAGUGUAAUACUGGAUAUGCUAUGAGGGGAUCUGGAAGGGUUGGGUGUUUAGCAACAGGAAAAUGGGCGGCCAGACCAACCUGUUAUCCUAAGAACUGUGGAACGCCACCAAAUCUAUUAACCUUGCAGCUGAGAACCGUUACGCGCAAUAGAAUCAUUUUAAAUAUGAACUCUCAUCGUGUUACAGACUAAACGUCUGUUGAUUUUUAGUACAGUAGUCUCUAGG